AAGAAACGGAAAUAGUUUAAUAACAUUGUAAUUGCAUUUGCAGUCAAUGCAGUCUUAAUAAACAUAGUGUAUUAUUGAGGAAAAUAUAGAAAGUAGAUAAAAAAAUAUGCAGAGAUAUGUACUGUAAUUAGUAUCAACAUAAAUAAACCCGACGACACAGUAAAGUACAGAAAAAAGAUUGCGUGCAGGAUCAUAUUAAUUUCAGAUUAGAAAAUGGGUAGAAAAGUGACAGUAGCGGUUUGUACCUUGAAUCAGUGGGCUCUGGACUUUGAAGGAAAUUUGAACAGGAUAUUACAGUCAAUUCAAGAAGCCAAAGAGCUCGGUGCAUUGUAUCGAACUGGCCCGGAGUUAGAGAUAUGUGGUUAUAGCUGCGAAGAUCAUUUCCACGAAUCCGACACGUACCUUCACAGCUGGCAAGUGCUAGUCGAACUAUUGAAAUCGCCAACAUGUAAAGACAUACUCAUAGACGUCGGUAUGCCGGUACAGCACCGUAACGUCUCAUACAAUUGUCGCGUGGCGUUUUUCAACAGGAAGAUAAUACUUAUCAGACCGAAAAUGAUAUUGUGUGACGACGGGAAUUACAGGGAGACCAGAUGGUUCUCCUGUUGGACUAAAGACAGACAAAUCGAAGACUUUUAUUUACCAAGAAUGAUAACGGCAGUGACGAACCAAUCUACCGUUCCUAUUGGUGACGCUGUUAUCUCGACCAGAGACACUUGUAUAGGUUUCGAAAUAUGCGAAGAAUUGUGGAAUCCACAAAGCCGCCACAUUCCGUUGAGCUUGGACGGGGUAGAAAUAAUAUCGAAUGGCUCCGGCAGCUAUAUGGAGCUCCGUAAAGCGUACGUCACGGUCGACUUGGUGAAGAGCGCGACCUUCAAGAGCGGGGGCGCAUAUCUGUUCAGCAACUUGAGGGGCUGCGACGGCCAGAGGAUAUACUUCAACGGCUGCUCGUGUGUGGCCGUGAACGGAGAAAUUGUCAGUCGGGGACAGCAGUUCGGUUUGAUCGAUGUUGAAGUAACGACCGCUACCAUAGAUUUAGAAGAUAUAAGGUCUUAUCGAGCAAAAAAUAGAUCUCGUUGUCAUUUGGCAGCUUCGAAUAAACCAUUUCCCAGGAUCUAUGUGGAUUUUUCGCUGUCUGACGAUGAAGACAUACAUUUAACGACGAAUCCACCUAUACAAUGGCACUAUUUGAGUCCAGAAGAGGAAAUAUCUUUGGGUCCCGCGUGCUGGCUGUGGGACUACCUCCGUCGCUCGGGCCAGGGCGGCUUCUUUCUACCGUUGAGCGGCGGAGUGGACUCCAGCAGCACCGCAUGCAUUGUGUUCUCUAUGUGCACACAGAUAUGCGAAGCCAUUAAGAAAGGAGAAAGUCAAGUGUUAUAUGAUGUAAGGAAAAUCAUGUGUCAGCCUGACUACACGCCGUCCGACCCGAUGGAGCUGUGCAACAAGCUACUGGUGACUUGUUAUAUGGCGUCGGAGAACUCGAGCCGCGAGACUAAGCAGCGAGCUUCGCAGCUCGCGAGCCAGAUAGGCAGUUACCAUUUCCCAAUUCUGAUUGAUACGGCGGUUAACGCUGCGCUUGGCAUCUUUACUGCGGCUACUGGUCUGUUACCGAUAUUCAAAAGCAAAGGAGGCUGCCCAAGACAGAACCUUGCAUUACAAAAUAUACAAGCCCGUAUACGUAUGGUUCUGUCGUAUUUGUUCGCGCAGCUAAUGCUCUGGGUCCGCGGCAGACCUGGAGGUCUUUUAGUACUGGGAUCCUCAAACGUCGACGAAGCCCUGCGAGGCUAUAUGACUAAGUACGAUUGUUCCAGUGCAGAUAUUAAUCCCAUCGGUGGAAUAUCUAAGACUGACCUCAAAUCUUUCUUAUAUUACGCUAAGAAUAGAUUUUUCUUGCCGUCUCUAUCGGAAAUUCUAGAAGCACCUCCGACUGCAGAACUCGAGCCAUUGGCCGACGGUCAGAUAACGCAAACCGACGAACAAGACAUGGGUAUGACAUACGCUGAACUGUCCGAAUUUGGAACUUUAAGGAAGACCUAUAAAUGCGGCCCUUACAGCAUGUUCGAGAAACUGGUUCAUAAGUGGAGUGAUAAAUGUACGCCUAAGGAGGUGGCUGAAAAGGUGAAACAUUUUUUCCGGUGUUACGCGAUCAACAGGCACAAGAUGACGGUGCUGACGCCUUCCUACCACGCCGAGACCUACAGCCCCGACGACAACCGCUUCGAUCUCAGACCUUUCCUAUAUCGAGUACACUGGAAUUGGCAGUUCAAGACCAUAGAUGACGCUGUCAUACAAAUGAGCAAGGAAAAGCGUACAUCAGUUAGCCGGGUUGGAUAUGAGCAGAGCAAAACAAAUCCGAAUUCUCCGACUACUACAUUGAGUUCGUCGUUCACAAAGAACGACAGACAGGGUGUACUGAUUUGACAUUAAUGAACACUAGCUAAAUAAAUUGCUGUUUCUGACGCGAAGCAGUCACACGUGAGGGUUCGAAGGUGGCUCAAGAUGGAUGGCAGCAUUGUGAUAUCCAUGGGUUCCAAUAAGCCCAAACACCCACGUAAGCACUAAAAAUUUAUAUCCAGAGUUCAUGGUUAUUUGGUUUAAGCGAAAUUUUUGAAACUUUACAAUGGUGAAAUUUAAAGUAUAAAAUUUUGAAAAAUACCAUGACAGAAAAUCUUCUUCGGCUAUUUGAAUGGCUGAACUUAAUUGAGGUAUAGACGAGAAUCGUUGGUCUCCCGUCUAGAUGUGGAUAAGUAUGUAUGCGUCGUCGUCCGGUGUGUAACGUAAUGUGGUAAAGGUAUGUAAGUACCUGAGUAGGCGCCGUCGGUGUUCGGAUAAUAAAUUAAAUACGACACCUUGCACACUAAUUAAAUGUUUAUUAAAAGUUACACUUAGUCCACACCAAAAUACAAAACAGUCUAUAUUAUUAUAAUUAUGAGGAAUUGAAGGUUACGAGCACAGAUGAGAUUCAGUUUAUAAACAGUACACAGAAGACACUUUACACUUUACGACAAUACUAUUACGAUAAACACAAAGAAAGCGCGUUAUCAAAAGCGAGGCAAAAGCUUCGAAAGCAAUAAACAGUAUACAAUAAGCGAUAGCGACGUGCGUUCAGUACGAGGUAAGUUUCGACUGGGGGCGUGGCUAGCCGCGAUCAGCUGCGCAGGAGUGCUUUUCGAUCUACCCGCGACAUUCCGUCCAAGCGCGCGUGUCCACAGCGCGAACGAACGGGCGACCAGCUGAUUGACGCGGCACGAUAAAUUGUCGUGUGUGUAUGUCUGUUUUGUAUGUAAUGUAGUAAUAAUAUAUGAAUAGAUAUGUUAUAUGUGUGAAUGUAUACUCUGUGUGUAUUAAUAAUUAUAUUAAAUAAAUAUAUUAUAUAAGUUUUAUAUUGUGAAGAGUAAAUGUGUGUGCAUGUAAUGUGGGAUAAGCCCACAGAGGUUUAACUAAAAACAUCGAAUUGUUGAUGCUAAUCUAUAUAUAUAAAAAUGAAUUGCUGUUCGUUAGUCUCGCUAAAACUUGAGAACGGUUGGA